AUGAGCUUGUUGGAUGAAUUGCCAUCCACUCCAACUCAGCCCUUGACUCAACUUGGACGCAUGGCUUCAGAAAUUCAGAUAAGACGCACUGGAAGAUCGCAAAUUUGGGCAAUGAACGACAGUGAACUCGCGGAAAUGACGAAUUUCAGUUUACGAACGAUACGAGGAUUGAUGGAGGAAGCGGAUCGAGAACGGAACGGACCAUUCGGGGCAGCCAUGGCUCAAGUGGUAACCAUUGAGCGUCACGUACCAACACACGCGCACAUUGCAAUAACGGCUGAAAUGACGCCUGCCAGUCCGAUCGACGUCGAUCCACCAAAUGAUCAUGAUGAACGAGAAAGGCCCGAUAUCGACUUCAAUUCUUUACCUGAAAAUUCGCGUCAUGUCCUUCAGAGUCUUUUCACGAGCACAACGAAUAGAAGCAAUGAACCCGUUGGACGCAUACUUUCUCGACUCAAUCCCGAUGAAAACCCAAACACAAAUAAUUUGAUUGGUAUCUUAAACUUUUUGAUUGGCGAAUGUCUUGGAAUGGUCGAUUUGAUUUCGCUGAUGGGUGGACGAUUGGAUUCGAUUGGGCGACAUCGAAAUGCUUUUCGUCGACUGAUUAUUGAGCACUUUUUAUUCGACAACUCUCGGCCGUCUUUAAAUGACAUCACUUCGGCAGCAGCUCGUAUGGCGGUUGAUUCGACAACAAUUCGUGAUUUAGUACAAAACGGUGGAGGCGAGAUUACAGUGAAUGCAUUCGAAUCAACGUGGGAUGUCCCGGAAACGGCUGUUCGCAUUGAGCGGAUCGCUAUCGAAAGAUUGCUUCAAACUCUUUUCAAUCAAGAAUUAACUGAUAAUAUAUUCGCGACAACCGCCCAAUCAAUCAUUACGCAGUAUCUUCAUCGUAUGAUGAUCUUGGGCAAUAUGGCUACUGGAGGUCGACCUUAUGGAUACGAAAGGCUAAUACAACAGUAUUUGGUGAGAGAUGGAGCUGCUUUCUUGGGAGAUCAAAACACGAGCACAAUUCAUUUUGUUCGAGACGCUUGCUUGCAACACUUAAGACGUUUAGCUGCCGGGGAUAAUGGUGGAACAAGCAUUGAAGACUUAAAAGAUGUUCUUGUUGCUCAUCUUGCGGGAAGUGCACCAAAAAAGAUGCGUCAUGAUUGUGGUGUUGAGAAUCAAGACUCGUCGAGAGGAACCUCUUUCUCAGCUGCGAGAGUGAAUGAAAGAGACAUUGAAACACGAAGCGAAAGUUGGCAAGGAAACGUCCCUGUGAGUUGGGUGUCUACACUGAAUGCCGAUGUCACACGAAUAGCUCAAUCUUCACGCACAACAUUUCGCAGUCCCGCCUUUCAACAAAUAUUUGGACGAAAUGCAAGCUAUCAAUCUGCUCGAAGUGUAACCGAUGAAGCUUUCCUUUCGGCAUUGGAGAUGGUUACUCACACAGUCGGUGCUCCUCAAUCGCCAAUGCAUCUAACUUUGGAUGGAAAUGACUAUCAACAACUCCAAGAGAUCAUUUUAAACAAUGCCACACAGGAUCUGGAAAUUGCCGAGAAUGAUUCGGAAAGAUUUCCCACACUUUCACAAAUCCAGGAACAAGGAGGCAGCAAAAUU